AUGGUGUUUCUCCGUGGUGGAGUCGGGCGCACUGCUUUGUGUGUCGUUCUUGCUCCAGUAGCGUUCGCGCUCUGGCCGCAGCCCGCUUCGCUCGCGUCCGGUUCAUCGGCGUUAACACUCGCCCCGGACUUUUCCAUCCACCUAUCAGUCGACUCGGCACCACAAGACCUCGUAGAUGCGGUGACGCGCACGACGGGGCAUAUCCAGAACGAUAAGCUUGAGCGCCUGGUAGUUGGCCGAGCGUCUGCGGACGCUGCUUUGCUGUCGAGUGCUCAAACUCUGCCGAGUUUGAACAUCUCGUUGGCGGCAGGAGCACCUGCAGCGGAGAGUGUAGCCGUCGAGGCGCGCAAGAACCUUACAGAGCGGGUUGAGCUUGAGGGAUAUCAUCUCGUGGUACCGAAUGAUGGGUCGGAGGCAGCACUGACCGCGAACUCUACGCUCGGCCUCGUGAGGGGGUUGACGACAUUCGAGCAAUUGUGGUACUACGGUGGCUCGGAGAACCCGAACACGACGUAUACCUUGGAGGCGCCGUUGGAAAUCAAUGAUGCUCCGGCCUAUCCGUAUCGCGGGCUGAUGCUAGACACUGCUCGCAACUUCUUCCCGGUAUCGAGCCUUGAGCGUCUCAUCGACCAGAUGAGCUGGAGCAAGUUGAACGUCUUCCAUUGGCAUAUCUCCGACGCGCAAAGUUUCCCGCUCAACGUUCCUGGGUUCACCGAGCUCUCUGAGAAGGGCGCGUAUUCGGCUUCAAAGGUGUAUACGCCCGAUGAUGUAGCAGGUUUGAUCACCUAUGCUGGCGAGAGAGGCAUCGACAUCAUGCUCGAGAUUGACACGCCAGGCCACACAUCCAUCUUUGCAGCUGCCCAUCCUGACUUCGUAGCAUGCUUUGAGGCUGACUGGACAGUCUACGCUGCCGAACCGCCGGCCGGCCAACUUCGUCUCGCCUCUCCAGACGUAAUCAACUACACAAGCGGCCUGUUCUCCGCCGUGGCAGACAUGUUCCCUUCGACUCUGCUCAGUACUGGUGGUGACGAAGUCAACACGCCGUGUUAUACCGACGACGCGGAGACGCAACAGGCGCUACAGUCUUCGGGGCAGGAUCUUACGCAGGCUUUGCAGGGCUUCGUUGACACUAUGCACGAUGCCUUGAGAGAGAAGGAGAAGACGCCUGUUGUCUGGGAAGAAAUGGUCCUGGACUACAACCUCACUCUCCCCACGGACGUGCCGGUUCUCGUCUGGGUAUCAUCUGAGAACGUCGCUUCGGUAGCUCAGAAGGGACACCCUGUCAUCCACGCCGCCUCGGACUACUUCUACCUCGACUGUGGCGCUGGGGAGUGGAUCGGAGGCGACCCCACUGCGAAUAGUUGGUGCGAUCCGUUCAAGACUUGGCAGAAGGCGUACACGUUCGACCCGACUGCCAACUUAUCCUCAAAUCAGACGCAGCUUGUCCUCGGAGGGGAGCAUCUACUUUGGACGGAACAAUCUGGUCCCUCGAACCUCGAAUCCAUCGUUUGGCCUCGUGCCGCCGCCGGCGCUGAGGUCUUCUGGUCAGGCGGCGGCGGGAAUCUCACGAGCGCGUUGCCGAGGUUGCACGAUCUUGCGUAUAGGAUGGAGGCUCGCGGUGCGGGCGUGAUCAAAUUGCAGCCGGAGUGGUGCGCUUUGCGACCAGAGAUGUGUACUUUCUAG